CGAGCAGGGUGUAGCUCCGCCGCACCUCCUUGCACGUCCCUCUCUGAAUCGGGCCUCCCCGUCCCCCGCCGCUCGCGCCCCCGCCUGGGCUGGGCGCGCCAUCCCCACAGCGCAGCCUGUGUAGCCUCCUCAUCCCGGUCCCCGGCCCCUUCCCUGUCGCACCGCCUCCCGAGCGGUCGCCGCCCGUUCCGCCGUUCCUCCGCUGCCAGCACCAUGGGCAGUGAGCAGAGCUCCGAGGCCGAGAGCCGACCCAACGAUCUGAACUCCUCAGUGGCCCCUUCUCCAGCUAAGCAUAGAGCCAAGAUGGAUGAUAUUGUGGUUGUAGCUCAGGGCUCCCAGGCCUCACGGAAUGUCAGCAAUGAUCCCGAUGUCAUCAAGUUGCAAGAGAUUCCAACCUUCCAGCCACUUUUGAAAGGGCUGUUGAGCGGCCAGACCUCUCCAACGAACACCAGGCUGGAGAAGUUGGAUUCUCAGCAGGUGCUGCAGCUGUGCCUCCGUUAUCAGGACCACCUCCGUCAGUGUGCAGAGGCUGUGGCUUUUGAUCAGAACGCUUUGGUCAAGCGAAUCAAAGAGAUGGAUCUGUCUGUAGAAACCCUCUUUAGCUUCAUGCAGGAGCGCCAGAAAAGAUAUGCCAAAUACGCCGAGCAGAUCCAGAAGGUCAACGAGAUGUCGGCCAUCCUGCGCCGUAUCCAGAUGGGCAUCGACCAGACAGUGCCGCUGCUGGAGCGGCUCAACAGCCUGCUGCCCGAGGCCGAGCGCCUGGAGCCCUUCAGCAUGAAGCCCGACCGGGAGCUCAGGCUGUAGCCGCCUCCCCCCACCGGCUGUGGUCGGGGGACCGCCAGGGCCCCAGGACACUUGGAACCAAAGGCAUUGGAGGUGACCGAAGGCCUCCCUGAGGGCACGGGAAGCAGUCCAGCCGCCCUGGAGACUGCGAUGCCCCAGCUAUUCCCUUGACGCGCUCUCCCUCUGCAAAGCCAGCAAACCUACUCUCAGUGGUCACCGAAGUUGGA